UAUUAUUAUUAUUAUUGCUCAAAUAAGUAAUGCUAGUGCAACCUCUGUCAUUGUCCCAGUAUAACUGCUUUCUGAAGGAGUGGCCUCCAAUCUCUAAAUUGUUUAUGCUCCAUGUGAAAGGUUUAUUUUCUGACGCUGUUGCUCUAGUUAGUACACCUUGUGUUCAGUGAGAGAUCCCACAAGUGCCUGUGACAUUCUCAGCACCUGCGUCUAUAAAGAGCCCCGGUUUGCGCAGUGGUCAUCUCUUCUUGCUGUCCUGCUGCUGUCAUGGCCCUGCUGAGAGUGUCUUCCUACCGUAAACUGUUUGAGGAGGAGCAGUGGAGCCAGGCUGCAGGACGCUGUGGAGUCCAGGUCCGCUUCAAUGCCAGGGGUGGAGUUUCAGUGCGUGAAUGUCCCGAGCUGGAUUUUGCUGCAGCUCGUGCCCUAAACAAGGAGGGUGUGGCACGAUUUGUCAGUGAACGCUCUGUCAUCGCCGGCCUCAACGAUCGCCUGGCCGGCCUCAUCGACGUGGUUCGGUGUCUAGAAGAGGAGAAUGAAUCUCUGGAGGCAGAGAUUCUUGAGCUGGAGGAAAUGCUGGAGUCGGAGCAGAUCUCCACCAGCACCGUCAGCAUCAGCGGUCCUGUGGACUACAGUUUAGAGGCUGUGAUAGAGAGGCUACGGAAAGAGAAGGAGCUGAUUUUAUGCAACACUGAGGAGCUGAAGGGUGAGCUGCGGCGUCUGCAGAUGAAAUACGAUCAGGUUGUUGAGCACAAGAGACUCCUCCAGCAAGAGCGAGAAGAUGUUUCUGUGGAGGUGGAUGCAAUUACCACUGACUGCCUGGCCCUUCGAGAGCAAGUGGCCAUCUAUGAGGAGCAGCUGGCCGCCAUGGACAGGCAGCACGAAACGAGGCUGGGGAAAUUGUGUGAGCCCAUGACUCUGGAUGAAGGUUCUCCUACUGUAUCCCUGCAGUUCCCCUCCUUUGAUAUCUCUCCAGCCAUCAUGGACAUCAAGGAGUACUAUGGCACACUAGCUGAGAGCCUCAAGUUUGAGUUCAGAGCCUCGAGCGCUGCAGGAAAGGAGGAGGAGCAGCUGGCUAAGUUGAUUGGAGGGGAAGUGAAGGACGUCUCCAAAGAGACUGAUGUGAAUGUCCUCAAGAACUUGAUUGCAGAGCUGCAGAAAGAAGUGACAGAGCUGGAGAAGCAUGGAGACGAGUUGGAGGCUGAAAUAGAAGGCAGGAAAACCAAAUACCUUGAGGAGAUAGAGGAGCUGGAGAAUUACAUUUGUCAGCUGGAGGAGGAGGAGGCUGAUCUUCGGUUCCAGAUGAAGGAUCAGAGUGGGGACUAUGAAGAACUGCUGAACCAGAAGAUGAAUCUAGACAUAGAGAUAGCUGCUUACAGGGGUUUGGUUGAAGAAGAAGAAGAGAGACUGAGCUGCCUGUAAGCUGCAAGAAGAGGUGAUGCUCUCUUCUGGACUGAAGCAGACACAAAGAAACACUAAAACCACAUACAAUUCAACCCUUAACAGCAAGUCUCACAAAUCAAGAAAGUAAAGAAAACAGCUGUCAGACACACUUAACCUUCUGAGCAGAUGUAAACCUUCACUGACAGAUGAACUUCAGGGAGUUCGUGGAAGCUCAUUGAUAACGGGUCAGUGGCAGGUAACCCCGGGUCUUCAAGAAACACUGGAUCUGUG